ACGUUGCACACUGGACUCGCUCUGCCUGUCGUUGCCACAGCGCCGCGUAUUUGCCGACGCGUUUUCACAAAAAGCCCAAAAAGUUAGUAACUGCCAAGUUUGUGUGUUAACCCAUGGCCAUGUGCUAGUUUGAACUUUAGUAAAAGUGUUUAAAAUGCCGCAACGCAGCACGCUGAGUCCCGUUGGAGCUUCACGCAGCUGCAGCAGUCCGGCCGUAUCCGAAAUUUCAGUGGGCUCACCCAGUCCGCCGCCGCCCAGAGCUAAUCUGAAGCGUUUGCGUUUGCUGCGCAGUCCCACAAAUGCUGCGCCCGCGGAACGCAUCAAGAGCUUCUCGAUUGAUGACAUCUUGGGUCGCAAUGAUAAGCGCAAGACGGCCACGCCCGCGCCGCCAAGUUUGCUGUUGCAUGAGCGGCUACAAGCGGCGCCCCCUGCCGCUGUCUUGCCACAAGCCACAGCACCUGCUAUGCCACAAGCCACAGCACCUGCUAUGCCGCUGCUGCAUGCUGGACUGCAUCCAUUUCUGCCGCCUGCUCUGCUGCACAGCUAUGAGCAGCGCCUGGCCUGGGACUAUCAGCGGCAGCUGCAGGAACAUUUCCAAGCGCAGCUGCUGCGGCAAAUGAACAUGGAUCCUGCCAUUAUACCCAUUGCCUCCGAGGAUGGCAGCUCCGAGCUUUCAAGCAGCAGCAACUGCAGCACGCCCAAGCGUGAGCCAGAGGACAAAGCCGCUGCCCAAGCGUGCACAAAACCAGCAGCGGGCGCUGCGCCAGAUACGCCGCUUGAUGCGCUUUUCCAGCUAUCCACCAAAAACUUUGAUGAGGAGCAAGAUGCCGCCGCCUUGAACAUCUUUGCCACGCGUUCGAAUCCAAAGAAGAAGCGAAAAUCACGCACUGCAUUUACCAAUCAACAGAUCUUUGAGCUGGAAAAGCGUUUUCUCUAUCAGAAGUAUCUAUCGCCAGCGGAUCGCGAUGAAAUUGCUGCCGGACUAGGACUGUCAAAUGCACAGGUCAUUACCUGGUUUCAAAAUAGACGCGCGAAGCUGAAGCGCGACAUGGAGGAGCUGAAAAAAGAUGUGCAAAGCGUGAAACAAUUACCCGACCAGUCAGCAGCACCCACACGAUGCCGGCAAUUGCAAGCUCAGAGUAGCAAUCACCAUCAUCAUCCGCAUCACCAACAUCAGAUGCAUGGCAACCAGCAGCAGCAGUCGAGCAGCUCACGUGACAAGGAUAAACAGGAGCUGCGCAUGCUGAAGAUGAUGACUCUGAUGCGCUACUCGGACGGCAAGUUGCUCUACCCGCCGCCACCCCAAGCAGCGCACGCUUCGCUGGAGCUAGGCAAUGUUAAUGGCAACUAACUUAGCUUCGUCGUCGUCGUCGUCGUCGUCGUCAUCGUAAUUAGUCCAAUUUGUAAAUUGCAAAUACGUUUGUAAGCACUUCUAAUUUGCCAAAAGGAGAAACAAGCAAUUUUCCUCGACAUAAUUCUCCUAAUUGUAGUAUUAAAUUUCAUAUAAAUUACAUGUGAUUUCGUCUAAAUAUCACGCAUACGACUACUAUUACACCUAUGUGUGUGUAUGUAAAUCUCUGCAUGCAGCAAUAAUUAAAUUGUUUGUAAUACAAGUAUGUAAGUAGAGUAAGGUUGAUGCAAUCUAAAAUAAAUUUUAAUUGU